UUACUCAUGAACCCAGAACCCAGGGCGUAACUCAAUCGAAAUGGAAACCUUGUUGCACAUCUAUUAAGAGCAAAUGUCAAAUUUAAUUGGAACACCUAUCCCCGACUUCUGUUCCCUUUCAUCCACUGUGUGUUUUGUGGGCGUGGCCGGGCGUCUGGAGAGUCUGCGGAUACUUUUGCAGCGUCAUCGCAUGAUAACGUCGAUUUUGGGACCCAGUAAUCAUCUGGUGCACGAACACAUAUGUACACCCCAAUCUCAGCUUCCGCAUCCCAUUACCCAGACGAACUCGACUAGACCAGGAGCAGAAGCAGAAGCAGGAGGUGGAGCAGGAGUGGCAGGAGCGGAUUGGGUGCUCAGACCGGACACAAUUAUCGUGGGCCAAGAGGGCUUUCAAUUUCACUUGGUUAGCUGCAAGUAAACAGCUUUGCGGC